ACGGAUACUUAGUUUUGAUCUGUAACACUGUAACCUUAACGAGCAAUGUUUACGUUUAGUGAUUUUUUUAACGUAAUUGAAAAUCUUCUAAUUCAGAGGUUGGAAAGAUGGUUUUCCUGUCUGCUAUAAAUUUUAUAAGGAAGUCUGGCUAUGAUAAUACAUUCAAACGUCAGAAGGUUUUGCGGUUGACUGCGAAAUAUUUUGGGCGUAGAAGAAAUUGCUACUCUAUUGCCAUCAAGUUUUUGCAGAAGGCUUUGAAAUAUACAACUGUGUCUAGGAAGAUAAAACCUGAAUAUGUGGCUCAGCUGAGACGUACUCGACUUGAUGGGGCUUGUGCAGAGCACUCCACAACUGUUCCAACUUUAUCAAUAAAUUUAACUAAGUGCAAUAUUUUACUUGGUAAUGCUAUUCUGCAAGACCUAGCCAUCUGGGAGCCUCGUACUUUUAAGUGCUUAACAGAAGUUGCUCAAAUGAAGGCAAAAUUAGAAGCACCCGAGGAAUUGAGUGAUCGACUGAAAACUCCAGAAGGAGUGAUUACAAGGGGAAUGUUAUAGUUGAAUAACAGCUGUACAAAUCUGGGUAAAGAGAAAUGAAGCUGAUGUUUUGAUGAUAGAAAUCCAGGAAUUGGAAACUGCUCAGAUGAGAAACAAAUGCAUGGGUAGAAUUUGUAAUUUUCAUGUCCAACUAAAAGCAUUUUAUAAUUAAUGUAAAUAAAUCAUUGUUAUGACAAAUGA